AUGUCUAGUGAUUAUAACUUCCAACAAUGGAAAAAAGCACUUCAGAACUUAGAAAGAACAAUAUUUGUAGAUUUGGAUUAUCAGGAACGUAAAGCACACGACAAAGAGCUUUGCGAUGCUGUCCUUCGAAUUUCUGGAGUACUGGGAAGCUACAUGUCUUGCUACAAUGAUGCAUUUGACUGUCUACAACAAAAUCUACAGGUCCAGAAGACAGUGUAUAUACAAAAGAUCAUAAACGCAAUUGUAUCCAGGAUUUUAGAACUCAAAGAACAACUUCGAAAACUUGAUGGCAGCUAUUAUGAGUACCUUUGUGGAGGUUUAACCAAACAUAAACUGACACCGUUUGAUACGGAACUAAAAUGCUUGCCCUCCAAACAUAUUAGGCCUGAAAACAUUCAACGCAUUAUCAGUGAAGCCUUUCAGAAAGCCCGAAACAAAAGUGAAGCAGAAAUACCAGAAGAGAAUUUUGAAGAGGCAGCCACUGAACCUAAAACUGAUAAUUGGUGGGAUCUGCCUGACGAUGCUAAAGAAAUAACCAAACCAACGGGAAUAAAUAUAACAGCAAUUUAUGAAGUUGAAGAGAAAAUAUCAGAAGAGACACUAACAAGAAAGAAAUUGUUAUCUCUCAUACAAGCACACGAAAAGACACGACAAAUCACACAACGAAAUAUACUGAGACAUCAAAGACGAAUUCUUUGGGAAAAAGAACUGAGGGGGACGUUAAAGCCUCCAGCACGUUUGGAGAUCAGGGAAAGAGGGGCUAAAAUUAUUCAAAAAGUGAUGAGGAAAUAUUUUGAACUGAAGCGAAUAAGAAUUAAAAAUUGUAAAAUUGAAGAACUUUUAGGCAUGAAUGUUUGUAGACACAUACAUCACAACAGCUUUCAAGAGAAGGAAAGACAGCUUUAUUUAGAACGAUGUAAGCUCAUUAACAAAUUUAAUGAAAAAUGGAAAAAUGACUAUAUUAAUAAGAAAUAUCUUUUCUUAAAACAAAGAAAAGAUUCAAUUUCUGAUGAUUAUCGCGAUUUUGUUCGAGACUGGUUUAAGCGAUGGUUUGAUGAAAUACAGUUUUUUCAUCCAAUACCCAAAGAAAGUCAAGGUGGUUUGGUAAAUAUAAUAAAAGAAGAAUUACCAACACCAUCUGAGUGGCUAGAGUUGUAUAAGACAUAUAUGGAACAAAAGAAAGCUAAAAAGAAGACAACAGCGGCUGAGCUAAAGUAUGAGAAAAUGGAAGCUAAAAGAGAAGAGAUGCUCAUAAGAAAGGAGGAAAUAAGAAAAAAGAAGCUGGAAGCAGACUUGUUAAAGAAAAUCAUGAAAAAUCCAAAUAUGCAUCCAGGAUACAAUUUCCCAGCUUCAAAGAAAGUUAUUCAUUUAAAAGAGACUGUCGAAGAUUAUAAAACUCAUUGGUCAGACUGGGAUAAAUUGGACAUUCUAGAAGUUAAACAAGGAUUUAUAAACGAAAUAGAUAUACAAAAUAUAUAUUGUGAGGCUAAUGAAGAAAUUUUACUAUCAAUUGAUGAAGAUAUAAGAAGGGAAUACCAGACGUUAAUGACAGCUUUAAAAGAAGACUAUAAAAGAAACGAGGAAGAAAUGCCAGAAAAUAUAAAGGAAAGUGCGCAACGAGUCAAGAAGAAACGCAAACCUAAAAUAGUACAGGAGGACGUGAUAUUUGAUAAAUUGAGUGACUUAGCUGUGAAAGGCAUCCUAGUUGAAUAUCCUACAACAGAGAUUGAAGAUUUUUUAGGCGACUACAACUUUGCAGGCGACAAACUAAAAUGUGACUUAAAGCUAGUUCAUCCGUUUGGUGGGGAAACCCGGAGUGUAUGGUGGGAGAGAUGUCGUGAAGUGAUCCACGGGUUUAGAAGGAUUCUCCUCGUCGGACCGAGGGGUAGCGGCAAAACUGUUUUAGUUCAUACAAUGGCAACUAUUAAUGAUGCAACUCUAUACGACUUGAACCUAGUGGAAUUUCAAAACAAAUCUAGAGACGAAAUAAAAAGUUUUGUUGCCGCUCUGCUACUUUGUGCACACGCUACGCAACCUUCAAUUAUCUAUAUUAGGCAUGUCAACAGAUUGUACUCGAGAAAGGCUCCAGUUGCUGAAGAAACCAAUUUUGCUGGACUGAGGAAGCUGUUAGUGAAACGGUUAAUCAGAAAGAUUCAUCAAACGGACAAAAUUUCUCUUAUAGGAUCGUGUGUUGUUCCUUGGUUAACCAAAAGCAAACAGAUCACCAAACAUUUUCAGAAUGUGGUUCUUAUGCCGCCCACUCUGUAUUCAACUACGCAGCUUAUGUUAAGGAAUUGGGUUUUAAGCAACAGAAUAGUACCGCCUUCAUUGGACAUACAGAGCCUGGCACGUCAAUUGCAGGGACAUUCUGUAGGAUAUCUCAAAAGAAAGCUAGAAGCAUUCAUAACUGCGAAUCGAAGUAUCAAAAUAGCGACCAGUGGACUGUCCCCAGAUGAAAUCUACGAUUAUUUUUUACAAAGCGUCGAUGAACCAGAAGACUAUGACAAGUAUCAUAAAUGGUACAUUGAGAAAACACACUGGGGAAAUAUAGAAAAGAAACAUAUCGAAAACCAAAUUGAAUUCAAAAUCAACGUCGAACGUUGGAAGGAAAAAAUGGAAAAGAGAAAGAAUAAAAGAUUAAUUAAAUGA